UGUAAAUUUUUGGCAUAAAUGUAUAAUCGUCGACUGAUGACUAUUAAUCAUUGGUAAAACUAAAAUGAAAAACUGAACUUUCUACUUAGUUGUUAGUACAUGGCCGUUUGACUUUUCAGUGGCUCUGUGCCGUAAGGUGAUUUAUAUUUAAAUUAUGUCAACUACCAACGAUGAAAAAAUUGAUGUAGGCAAAUCAGAGACAUUGGUGUACUCGACAGAAGUACAAAAAGCAAUAGAUGAGAUACUGCCAAGCGAUGAUCCACUAGAUAAACCAGAUUUUGACACAAUAGACUACAUCAAUAAUCUGUUUCCUACAGAACAGUCGCUUACCAAUAUCGAUGAUGUUAUUAAUUCACUAGAAUGUAAAGUAGACUCCAUAGAUAAUGAUAUACGAUCGGUCAUUAGGGGACAAAUUGAAGUUAACAAGGAUGGUAAGGCUGAGCUACAAGAAGCCCAACGUUAUAUCAAACACCUUUUCAGUCAAAUUAGAGAGAUCAAACAAAAAGCUGAACAUAGCGAAGAAGUCGUUAAAGAAAUUACCUUAGAUAUUAAACAAUUAGACUAUGCCAAAAAGAAUCUCACUACUUCUAUAACAACACUAAAUAAUUUGCAUAUGCUUGUUUCUGGUAUUGAGUCGCUCAGAGGUUUAACUACAAAACGUAAAUACGGAGAAAUUGUAAUGCCGCUACAAGGUGUAACUGAUGUUAUGGAACAUUUUAAGAAUUACACAGAUAUACCACACAUUGCUCAGUUAUCUACUGAAGUAAAACAACUUCAAAAGUCUUUAGCGACACAAAUCAUGGCAGAUUUUCGUGAAGCAUUUUCUGGACCAAACGCAAAGAAUUUUGUACCUAAUAAACAAAUGACUGAGGCAUGUUUAGUUGUUUCGAUUCUAGAGCCAAAAGUUAAAGACGAAUUAUUGGAAUGGUUUAUAGACCUCCAGCUCUCAGAGUAUACACAUUUAUUUGAUAGUGCAGAAGAUGUAGCCUGGUUGGACAAAAUCAAUCAACGAUAUGCUUGGUUUAAACGUCAACUUUUACAGUGCGAAGAAAAAUUUAGGGCUAUGUUUCCUCCUCAAUGGGAGUUAUCUGAAAGAAUUGCUGUUGAAUUUUGUAAAAUCACCAAAAAUGAGCUGUCUAAACUGAUGGUUAAAAGAAAAAACGAAAUUGAUGUCAAGCUUUUACUGUUUGCAAUUCAAAAAACUGUUGCAUUUGAAAAUUUGAUGGCAAAAACUUUUAAUGGCAAUACAAUUAUUCAAAAUAAUGAAAAAUCUUUGAACUAUAUAACUAAGCAACCAAUAAACAAAACUGAAACUGAAGAAAUUCUUCAGCCGUUUUCAGAUAAUUUACAUAUUACUGAUGUGUCAGAAAAUUUGUCAUCAUCAAUACAAAAAAGUGAACCAAAACUAAAUUCAUCACCAUUUUAUGGUUUGAUAAGUGAUUGUUUUCAACCUUUUCUCUAUAUCUAUAUUGACAGUGUGGAUAAAAAUCUGUCAGAAUUGAUUGAGCGUUUUGUAAGUGACAAUAAGAUAACAUUGGCAAAAGAAAAUAUUGAUGAUCAAACAGCUACUGUUCUACCAAAUUGUGCUGACUUGUUUUUAUUUUAUAAAAAGUCACUAGUACAAUGUACUGAGCUCAGUAAUCAUAAUCCAAUGCUUUCAUUAGCAGCCGUAUUUCAGAAAUAUCUCAAAGAAUAUGCGAUUAAAGUAUUAGAAGUUAACCUUCCAAAAAUAAGUCAUCCAGCUACUUCUCUGACUACUAAUGUUUCAAACAUGACCAAAGACCUUAUUAAAGAUUUACAACUUCUUCCAAGUGGGAUGACUGAAGCUAGUGUUAAAAAUGUAAAUUGUACACCACAAGAAUUAGCUAAAAUUUGUUGUUCCUUCAUACCCAAAUUUAUACAACAUUUGUAUAAGUGCAAACCGUUAUCAAAUAUUGGCGCUGAGCAAUUGUUGUUGGAUACUCAUUCAUUGAAAACAAUUUUAUUGGACUUGCCAUCAAUGAACCUUGAUGAUAACCGAAAAGCUCCUGCUAGUUACACAAAGGUUGUAGUUAAAGGAAUGACAAAAGCAGAAAUGAUAUUAAAAUUAGUAAUGGCUCCAACAAUAAAACACUAUACUUCUUUUGUCGAUCAAUAUUUAAAACUACUACCAGAAUCUGAUAUGACAGAAUUUCAGAAAAUAUUAGAAAUGAAGGGUUUGAAAGCAGCUGAACGAAAUGAGCUUUUGAAUAUUUUUAGACCCAGGAAUCCAACUGGUAGUUUUGUUACGAGUACAGCCGCAUUGUCUAGUUUGAAACAAUAUACUAGUCUCAUAAAAAAAAAUUUGAUAUCUAAUUCUAGCAAUAAUUAGUCAUUAAAACACGUAUGAAAAUAUAUUUUUGUACAUUCCACAUUAUGUAAAAUGUGUAUGGCAUUUUACAACAUUCAGAAAAUAUAUAAUUUGUAUAUAAUAUAAUCUCAUUUGAAUUUAUAAAAGUCAUAUGGAUCUUUUAACARUAUAUAAUUGUARUGAAUACAUUUUGUCUUGAUAAAUAUAAGUAUUUUAAGUGUAUAUUUUUAACAUUGAAUAUUUAAUGCAGUUAUUAAAAUUGUUAAAUAAAUAAUGGCUUUUUAAUUAUUUUUAUUUUUCAUCAAAAUUAAGUUAACUGCAAAUAAUAAACUGUACAAUAACUAGUUACAGAUUUUAAUCGAUUGAUAUAUGCAUACAUAUAAUAUGGGAGUAGGUCAUUUAAUUUUAAUAAUAAUUAACAACAAACAACUAUAAAGUUAUGUUUUAAAAUUCACCAAACUAGGUAUAUGAAAUAAAUAAACACAGUGACGUAAUUAGGAAUUUUGUAGUAGUAGAGGAUAGACAAAUUUUUACCAUGUGCAUACUUAUUUAAAGAAAAAACCGUUUAUAACCAGAAAAUAUAAUGAGUAAAUAUAUUAUGUUAUAUAACUAACAAAUAACAAUAAAUUGAUAAAAAUAAGUA